AUGACCUGUCUUCGCAUCGAUCGAUGCCCUGCGAUCCUUGCCAAGUGGCUGUGGCAUCCGCUCGGCUUCGUCUUCGAGCGGAGUCAGAUCCGAUGCCCACCUCCUGCGGCCCUGGGUCCAACAUUGUUACCAUGGAUCGGGAGUGAGUCUGGCAAGGCCAUGUUGCUCAGGGUCCCUUCCCUUACACCCUCCCUCCCCCCUCCUCCCCUCCCCACGCGCCCAGUGUGUGGCAUCUUCGGGUACUACAACUACCAGGUGCCCCGCACCCGGCUGGAGAUCCUGCACCUCCUGCUGACGGGGCUGCAGCGGCAGGAGUACCGCGGCUAUGACUCCGCCGGCCUGGCCAUCGACGCGGUGCCCAUGGCCCCGGACGCGGCCCCCAAUGCCCCCGCGCCCCCCGCCCUGGUGGUCAAGGGCCCCGGCAAGAUCGUAGACCUUGAGGCGCUCGUCUCCCGCGAGAUGGCGGCGGGUGGGCACGACCCGGCCUCGCGCUUCGAGGUGCACGCCGGCAUCGCGCAUACGCGUUGGGCAACGCACGGCGUGCCCAGCACCGCCAACUCCCACCCGCACGCCUCCAACGCCGCCGGCGACUUCCUGGCGGUGCACAACGGCAUCAUCACCAACUACAAGGCCCUGCGCGGCUUCCUGCAGGGCCACGGCGAGGUGUUUGCCACCGAGACCGACACCGAGGCCAUGCGCAUGCUGGAGGGCGCCUACGGCCUGCUGGUGAAGUCGCGGCACCACCCGGGCAGCCUCGUGGCCUGCAAGCGCGGGUCGCCCCUCAUCCUGGGCCUGCGUGGCAGCCCCGGCUGCGUCAGCGUCGCCAGCCCCGCCAAGGGUGGCGAGGCCACGCGGGGUGCGGUCGCCGCGUGCGCGCCGGGCGCCCGCCCCGGCGCCUGGGAGUGCUUUGUGGCCUCCGACGCGGCGGCGGUGGUGGAGCACACCAAGCGCGUGAUCGUGCUGGAGGACAACGACCUGGCCCACAUCUGGGCUGGCGGGUACGAGAUCCUGAACGCGGAGCGGGAGGGCGACGGGGAUGGGAUCGAGGCCCCCCGCCCCGUGCCCCGCAGCCUGCAGACGCUGGAGAUGGAGGUCAGCCAGAUCAUGAAGGGCGGAUACGAUCACUUCAUGCAAAAGGAGAUCCACGAACAGCCGGAGAGUGUGCUGCAGACGAUGCGGGGGCGUGUGAAGUUUGAGCGCUCCUCGUCAGAGACGGACCGUUACCGCGAGCGCCGCAUCAAGCUGGGCGGGCUGACGGAGUGGCUGGACACCAUCCGCACCGGCCGGCGCAUCAUCUUCGUGGGCUGCGGCACGUCCUACCACGCCUGCCUGGCCGCGCGCCAGACGGUGGAGGAGCUGGUGGAGGUCCCCGUCGCGCUAGAGCUGGCCUCGGACCUGCUGGACCGGCGCGCGCCCAUCUUCCGGGACGACACCUGCGUCUUCGUCAGCCAGAGCGGGGAGACGGCCGACACGCUGCAGGCGCUGGAGUACGCCAAGUCGCGCGGCGCGCUGUGCGUGGGCCUGACCAACACGGUGGGCUCCUCCAUCGCGCGCGCCACGCACUGCGGUGUGCACGUGAAUGCUGGGUGCGAGGUUGGCGUGGCAUCCACCAAGGCCUACACCAGCCAGGUGGUGGCGGUGACCAUGGUGGCCCUGGCGCUGAGCGAGGACAGCAUCGCCAAGCGCGACGCGCGCGACGCCGUGAUCGACUCGCUGGGCGCGCUGCCGGGCGCGCUGCGCCGCGCGCUGGCGCUGGACCCCGAGCUGGCGCGCCUGGCGGGCCGGCUGGCGGGCGAGACCUCGCUGCUCCUAUUCGGCCGCGGCUACAACUACGCGACGGCGCUGGAGGGCGCGCUCAAGGUGAAGGAGGUGGCGCUGAUGCACAGCGAGGGCCUGCUGGCGGGGGAGAUGAAGCACGGCCCACUGGCCCUGGUGGACGAGAGCCUGCCGGUGAUCGUGCUGGCCACGCGCGACGCGAUGCACGCCAAGAUGCUGAGCGUGAUCGCGCAGCUGCGCGCGCGCCGCGCGCGGCUGAUCGUCGUCGCCUGCGAAGGCGACGCCGAGGUGGAGGAGGCCUGCGGGGUUGACUGCCUGCAGCCCAUCGUCAACGUGGUCCCGCUCCAGCUGCUGGCCUACCACCUCACCCUCCUGCGCGGGCACAACGUGGACCAGCCGCGCAACCUGGCCAAGUCGGUGACGGUGUCCGAGGAGGACGGUAGCCUGAACUGCAGCCGCGGGAAGCGCGGAAAGGCCGUGCCCAACGGCUUUGGUGCGCGCUGA